CCGCGCCCGGCCGGGAGCCGACUGUUGAUCACCGCGCUCGCCCCGGCCACGGCGCCGCCCCUGCUCUACCGACCCCGCUCCACCGGGGUUGACGGACUGACUGCCCGCACCGCCGCCUCCGGGAUGAGCGCACGGACGGUAUUCUGAAGUCUCAGGAAAUUGGACCACAUAAAUGUGCAUGGCCCAUGAGAAAGGCAUAUAAGAAGCCAUGGCACUCCCCUUUCGAAAAGAGCUGGAGAAAUACAAGAACAUUGAUGAAGAUGAGCUUCUUGGCAAACUCUCAGAAGAGGAACUGAAGCAGUUGGAAAAUGUUCUAGAUGACCUAGAUCCCGAGAGUGCCAUGCUACCAGCUGGAUUCCGACAGAAAGACCAGACACAGAAGGCAGCCACUGGCCCCUUUGACCGUGAGCACCUCCUCAUGUACCUGGAGAAGGAGGCUUUGGAACAGAAAGACAGAGAGGACUUUGUGCCCUUCACUGGAGAAAAGAAAGGGAGAGUCUUUAUCCCUAAAGAAAAGCCUGUAGAAACUCGUGAAGAAGAAAAAGUGACCCUUGACCCAGAACUGGAAGAAGCUUUGGCCAGUGCCUCUGACACUGAACUCUAUGAUCUUGCAGCUGUCCUUGGAGUCCACAAUUUGCUCAACAAUCCAAAGUUUGAUGAAGAAACAGCCAAUAAUAAAGGUGGCAAAGGGCCUGUCAGAAAUGUUGUCAAAGGUGAAAAGGUCAAGCCAGUAUUUGAGGAACCACCCAAUCCCACAAAUGUGGAAAUAAGUCUGCAGCAGAUGAAAGCGAAUGAUUCUAGCUUGCAAGAAGUCAACCUCAACAACAUUAAGAACAUUCCAAUUCCAACCCUGAGGGAAUUUGCAAAGGCUCUGGAAACCAACACACAUGUGAAGAAAUUCAGCCUGGCUGCAACUCGAAGCAAUGACCCUGUGGCCAUUGCUUUUGCAGACAUGCUGAAAGUAAACAAGACCUUGACAAGCCUAAACAUAGAAUCCAAUUUUAUCACUGGAACUGGGAUCCUGGCCCUGGUAGAGGCAUUGAAAGAAAAUGACACCUUGACAGAGAUCAAGAUUGACAACCAGAGGCAGCAGUUGGGAACAGCUGUAGAAAUGGAAAUUGCCCAGAUGCUGGAGGAGAAUUCAAGGAUCCUCAAGUUUGGAUACCAGUUUACCAAGCAAGGGCCACGAACAAGGGUGGCAGCUGCCAUCACAAAGAAUAAUGACCUGGUUCGUAAGAAGAGAGUUGAAGCAGACCGAAGGUAAACUUCCUCAGGGAGAGGUGAAGUUUCACUGUUGUGUGGCCAUUGAAAAACAAAAACUCUUCUUCUUCCCCAUCAGGACCAUUGUAUCGAAGUUUGUUUAUUUCCGUUAACCACAUAACUAAUAAUUUAAUUGUUAUUCUUUUUUAGUGCUACUUAUUUAUCUUGGAUUUUGUAAUAUAUACAAUUGUUUUAUUUGCUCAUGGGCACUUCUGGCAACUUGAGAAAUGGACUGAUGCAGCUUUUAGAGAAUGACAACGUGGAAAAUGAAUUUAACCACUUUCUUAUUGGGUUGUCUUGCUUUCUUACAUGAGCUUUUUUUUUAAUCACUGAAAGGAAUUUAGUGUAUAAUAUGUGUUUGUAACUGUGAUUAUGAUAGAGGCCUAUCUCUGUUUACAUGCAUAGCUUUGAGUUAGGCUAAAUAUAUCAGAAGUGUUCUGCUGAGCACAUAAGAAGUUAGUAUUGCCAAUGUUUCACUGGGUGUGAAAAUGUGACCAAUUUAGCACAAAUCCUCUCUUCCACAAAAAUCAAUAAAUGCACAUGCCCUGUUGAUUGGAGAUCAGUAGUGUCAUCUGCAUAAAGCAAGACAACAUUACGACACUUUAACACAGUAUUAGCAAAGAAGCCUAUUUAUUACCCCACAAAUGUAGCUUCAAGCCAGACUCAUGUAGCAAAAUGAAUUAGCACACUUACUUUUACUGACUAUUCAACAUAAUUGAAUCUUUAACAUGGCUUUAAAGAAUAACUAUUUACAAAGCUAUUUUAAAGUUUUUCAAACGUGAUAGAAAUUUUCUAAAUUUUAGUAAGAGAGAGGCUUUUAAAACAGUACAUUCCUGAAUGAAACAAUAAUAAUUGUGUCUUAAGGUUGUCUGAUGCACAUGAUUGGAUUUGUUUGGUAGAUUUUAGAAACAUUUAUUGCUCUGCCUUUAGUGUAACAAGAUCACAGGAUGAAAUAUGAAUAUUCAGGUUAAUUAUCUAGAUUUAUGUCCGCAUGGCAUGAUCCAUCCAGCCAUUUGCAAACAUCAGGAGAAAAAUGUGAAUUAUCAUUUAUCCAGAUGAUGUCAUCUCAAGAACAAAGCCUGUGUAAGUACAACUGAGAUGGUUGCAUUGUAGCAUGCAUUUAUCUUUUGAUAUAGUUGUGUAACAGUGCAAUGCUAAACUAAGGAAGCAGGUGACUGCAGCCUUUGGCUCAAGCUUACCACUCUGAUAACUGUCAGUGCCUGAAGUUGUGAUUGGUGACAUUCUGACACUGCCCAAGGCAACUCACCCUCUAUUCCUCCUUUCUCCCCUCCCUUCCAAUUAAUUGUUCUUUUUUCUACUUUUCUCUGUAGUUUUUUGCUAAACAAAUUCCAGAAUUUGUUUAGUAACUGAGUAUUCUUGAGUUGCCUCAUAGCAAUAAAACAAGUGAAUGGGAAAAUAAUUAGUAUAUUAUUCUGUUUAGCUUGUAAAAUACAUGGAAUCUGUUUAAGAUAGCCUUUGUAAAAUUGCACAUUUACUUAUAAUUAUCACAUCUGUGUCUCUGAAGUCCUUUGAAACAUCUCAUUUUCUUGAGAAUUUUUUAAUUUUUGAGGACACAGUAAGCAGAAUAUUCUAACACAUUUGACCCCUAAAAAAACCUUUAAUUAGUUUAUGGCUUAAUCUUCCUAUCUAUUUAAAAAACGUAGUAAAUACUGUUUUAUAAUUUUCAGUCUGAUUUUUCCUUCCUUUUCACCCAUUUAGGUGAGAUCUGUUGGAGUCAACUUGUACAGGCUUGCCAAUUGUUAUAUUUUCAAGAAUUUUGCAAACUGGUUCAGUACAGCCAGUAUUUAAAAUUAAAUGAUGUGCACUUACAAUUGAAGGAAUUAUAUUAAGAACAAAAGUAACAAAUACUGUACUCAAAAAUCUUACAUUUUACUGUUUUCUAAGCUCUUAAGAUUAUUUACAUCUAGUAGGUGUGUAUGUAGAAAUACUACCUAAUAAUAUGCUACUGAACAUCUCCUCUCAACUCCAUGUUCACUACCUUCUUGGUAUUACAGUGACCUGAAAUUGGCCAUGGUGGAAACAUUUAUACCACAGAAGUUAGCAAUAUGUAAGAAAUUAGGGCUUUCUCCCCAUCGAGAUUGCUUGUUGAUAAACAUUCAUCAGUACACCACUGGAUGAAAUUAUAAAUUUUUUUUACACAUAUGUUUUGCUUACCAUGUUGCCAAAGGGAAGAACAUUUAUCUUAGGUGUCUUUUCUCCUCUUUGGAUUUGAUAUAAACCUAUUUAAGUGCUGAGUCCCUGACCUGCCUGUCCAAGUAAGCCUUUUUCCUUUCUGUUCUCACUCUCUUUCUUGCCUUCACCCUUAAAAUCCUGGACCCUACAGAGCAUUCCUUGCAGCCCCAAAGUGCUGUGGACUGGGGGCUAAAGCAGUUGUUGGCAAACUCUGGCAGAAAGCAAGAAAAAAAAAUUCAGAAUUCAAUCAUGGCUGUUUCUUUUGUACAAGCAGUUGUUGAUAGUAUUAAAGUAAGAUAAUGGAACAUUUUCAAAAAUAUACCACUGUUUUUAGCUUAUAAAAUACUUGGGUUGCAUGCAACAGUCUAUGAAAUCAAAUGUUUAUUACUAAUCAGUUUGUUUUAUUAUUACCUGUGUUUUAAAAUGGCUUGAAAGGUGACAUUUCCAUGAGUAUGCACAUAUUGAUGAUAAUCCUUAGAAAAUCAUACAUUUGAGGACCAUAUUCAACAUUUAAUUAGCCUAGGACUUCAUCUCCCUGUCUGCCCAAAGUGUGGAAGUGGUAGCUCUUUCAUGAUCAUGGGCACAGUUAAUCCUUUGCUAUCCAUUGUGAUGGGGCAUAAUGUAUAUAAAAUAUUUUUCUAUGUAUUUGUUUUGCCAGAUAGUAUGUCAAGAUAUUUCGCAUUACCUGGAUAACUGAUUGAAGAGAGAUAACUUCUCCCCAGGCCUAUCUCCCUCCCCCUUCUAGAGUUGUGCAGGUCCACUUUAAGUGUAAAAUCAUUCAUCUGGACUUGUGGGCUCAUAUCACCAACAUCAAUCAUGGCAUACGUAGAUGAGUUUUAGGAGAUUAACUUUAGAAGUCUAGAAAUCAUGUGAUUAGUUCAGCACUGCAGCUCCCCAUCUGCUUAUAGUGUAUAACUAGAAGCUCUUUCAUCCUCAUCAGCAUGGUUAAAGACUUAGUUUCUUUCAUCUUUGGAGGAUAUAAUGUAAAUAAGUGUUGUGUGUGUGUGUGUGUGUGUGUGUGUGUGUAUUGUCAAAUAUCUAACUAGGUAUUUGGCUACAUCUGGACAAUUGAUUGAAGGGAGAUGCUCUCUCUGCAGUCCUCUUCCCUUGUCCUUUUUAGAAUUGCUGCAGGCCCAAGUUAAAUAUGAAAUUACUCCCUAGAGUUUGUAGUUUAUAUUACCAACCACCACAUUUUAUAGCUAUGUAAAGGAUGACUCUUAGGAAAUAAAUAUUAGAAGCCUAGAAAUCAUUUAGUUGUUUUAGCACCAAAUCUAUCCAUUUGCCUAAUGUAUUGAACAUUCCAUCCUCAUCGACAUGAUUAAGCCCCUUUCUUCCAUCUUUGUAGGGCACAUUGUAUAUAAAUAUUUUGUACAUAAAGAUCAUCAAAUACUGUAAUGAGGUAUUUGGCUUCAUCUGGAAAAUUGAUUGGAGGGAGCUGCCAUCUCCCAGACCUGCUUCCCUCAUCCCUGUCCAAGUUACUGCAGGCCCAGGUUAGAAGAUUAACAACCUGGAGGGGCAUGCAGUUCAUCUUACAAUGAAAGCCCAUACUCAUUUAAAAACUUAGAAAUCAUCCCAGUGCCUGUACUCCUCGAACCAAUUUCUGUAAGGGAAGACUGGCACACCAGCCCAAAAGAACAGGUGCUUCUCUUCUGACAGAAACAUGGCCCCUGACAGGGCACCAGCAUUAGGUAAACCAAUGUUCUCCGAAUAGCUGCCAUAAGAACGUUUCAGAUGCUCAAACUGAAAACUCUUAAAACCAAUAUUAAGCAUCAGCAUGCUUUAAGUGUAAGAUAGCCCUUUGGAAUUUACAAACACAUGUGCAGAUAUUUCCUUGUUCACAGAUGUGAUGUACUCAGCCCUCUCCUAGGCACUAUGAAGGAGACAGAGGAAGUAUAAAAAUUCUGGACUAAUGUAAUUGUAUAUGUGCGUCUGGGGUUGGGGAGUAGACUGAUUGCCUUUUUUUCAAAGAGCAUCCCAUGUUUAAUUCAAGUAUGUAUAGCAUUAGCAAAAAUGGGCAGAGGGCGGGAAGUUGAGAAUACUAGGUUCUGUGCUAUGUUACGUGUAUUUAUUAGAACCGUUUCUGGAGUCAGGUUUUAAGUCAUGAUCCUGAAGCUUCCUUCCCCUCUUCCACUAGCCAUGCAAUAAUAGGUGUUUUCAUUUUAAUGAGCAGAGAACUAAGAGGAAAAGUCCUAGCUCUGCUUCCCAUUAGCAGCUUCCCUUUACCUUCCCUUAUUGCUUUCAUCUCAAAUGUCUCUGCUACUCAACCAAUCCUAAAGCUAAAGUACUGAAAUGCACACAAAGGAAAGGUGUGAGAGUGCUUGGAAGCAUCCCACUGAGCCUACUGGAU